UCGAUUCUUUUUAAAGAGGGCUCACACAAGUCGACUGGAGUUGUGUGGACCACGUCUGUAAGGAAACAGUAGGAGACUUUAGGGUGACAGUAAAAGCACACUCGGUGCUGAGCCCGGUAAAACAGACAGGAGACAAACACCGCUUCACGAGAGAGAAAGAAGCAGAGGAUGUCCAGAGCUGACUGGACCUUCCUGGAGCACCUGUUGGAGGAGGGCCAGGAGUAUUCGACAGGCAUCGGCCGCAUCUGGCUUACUGUACUCUUUCUGUUUCGCAUGCUGGUCCUGGGAACUGCGGCCGAAUCUGCCUGGGAUGACGAGCAAGCUGGUUUCAUCUGCAACACGAAACAACCUGGCUGCGCUGCCGUCUGCUAUGACAAAGCCUUCCCCAUUUCCCACUUUCGCUACUUUGUCCUCCAAGUCAUCAUCGUCUCCACGCCGACUAUCUUUUAUUUUGGAUAUGUGGCUAUGAGGGCUAGAAAGGGCAAGGAGAAAGAGAAGGAAAAUUAUAAGGAAGGAGGUGGCGGGAGUGAGCGAGGAGAAGUUGUUGUAAAAAGGGAUGAUGAGAAUGCGACUAAAGACAAUGCAGAGGAGACGGAGAAACAAGAGAAUGUUGGGAAAUGUAGAAAAGUUGUCAAGCCGCCCCCUGAGCUGCCUAAACUGAAAGGCAGGCUGCUGUGUGCAUAUGCUUUCAGCAUCCUGUUUAAAGUCCUCCUGGAAGCUGGCUUCAUAAUAGGGCUGUGGCUCCUCUACGACGGCUUCUUCAUCGAGGCAAAGUUCGAGUGCGUAGCGUACCCUUGCCCUCACACGGUGGACUGCUUUGUCUCUCGACCCACGGAGAAGACCAUCUUCACCAUCUACACUCAGGUGAUUGCUGCCAUCUCCCUGCUCCUCAACCUCAUCGAGCUCCUCCACCUCCUCCAGCUCGCCAUCUCCCACAACCUGGAGAAGCGCUACCGUGCCCGGGAGGAAGACUGCCGACCUUGGUCUGCGCAGGUACCGGCCGGGCAGCAGACUCCAGAACUUCCAGCGGAGGUGUCGCAGUCUUACCAAGCAGGGAGCCAUGUUAACCUCCCCAUGCAGGGUGAGGCUGCAUGCUACCCCAACCCCUGUGAGAGCUACAGGGAUCUGGCAAUAGAGUCAAACUGGGGAUCUGAGGAAGCUGCAAAUGACCUGCUUCCUAGUUAUAUGAACUGCAUGGGGGCUAUGAGGACAACACAUUCCCCUAGAAACCAUCAUAUAAAAAAAGCACAGCAUACUGUAAAAAACAGUAAAGGUGCCCAUAAGGGACACUUGAAGAAGAAGCACUAUGUUUGAUGCAGUCAAGUUGGGUGAUAAUGUUGUUUAUGACUAUGAAAGCUUUCUUUGGUUUCUGAGUCUUCCAUUGUAUAAAAACUUUUGUGCACAUGACACUUGGGUCUCAGGAGCGCACGUCGAGCUCAGAUAAGGGAAGAUCUAGAACAACUAUUGCACUGUGAACUCGAUGCCUCAAAGGCAGGUAGACAUUCAAGCCGAGAUUUACCAGAUAAAUGGACCUAUUCAAAACGACACAUUUUGAGAACACUCCCCCAGGCAAAGAAAAUGAGACUCCACUGUGAGAGAAGAUUACAGUCAUAAGAUGCACUGUUACAUUUAAUGGCUUAUAGUGCUUAAUGUGACAGUGUAAAAUUAAAACACUGCGGGGGGGGGGGGGGGGGGGGGGGGGGGGGAGAGGUUCUAGGGAUAGUGUGUGAGUGUCUAUUGGAGGGACUGCAGUAGAACCAGAUUUAAACAUAUUCUUUUGGGAUUUGCACUGUAACCCCUGGAGCUGUUUGAAGCCCCCCCCCUUUCUCCCCAUGGUUCUGUUCACACUGUGGAAUGUACUGCUCUCUGGGUCCCAGCUCCCAGGGGAAUAAUGACUGUGUGGAUGCAGGCACGCAUGCAUGCACACACACACAUACAAUGUACUCUUCCCCUUUCACCCAGUGAGGUUUUGGUCACUUCAGCUGGGGAUAUGGGACUUGGGAAGGCACAGGGUAAAAGAGAAAACCGUGGAACUUCUGGGAUUGUACAUGACUUAUCAUUUGCCAGUAACCGUACUAUUUCAUCUAUAAGGGGAAAGGGAGAGAGAGGACCACUGCAUACUUCAUCACGAGGGCUGAAUAAUGGAGCAAAGACAAGCAUCCGGUUUGAAAAGCAAACCUUUUAGUGAGGAUGAGAGAGAACUCAAAAGUGCAUUAGUAAAUGCAUAUUGAAUGGACUGAAAGGUACAGAGAUGUGCAUAUUCAAUGAAAGGAAAAGACUAAUUAUGUGAAAACUGUAUUUAAUGUUUAAGAUAUUGUGUAAAAAAAUACCAGUGUUAAUAUUUAUUAUUUUGAAUAAAAUAAAGUGUAAGCUAACAUAAA